AUGGAAUGGAAUGGAGUGGACCGCUACUCAGAAUGGAGCAUCAACACUACCGGGGCCGUUGGGGGCGCUGCCGCCAGCUCGAGCCGUCGCCAGAAGCAGCUGUCCAAAAAGGACAAGCAAGCGACCAUUGAUGAUGCCCUCGUCGAGGAGACCCUGCGCCCGCUCGACGAAUUGGUCAAGCAAGUACGCGCCUUUGCCUUG